CAAUACGGUACCUAAAAGUUACUGUAUGAGCAGAGAUCGACACUGAAUCCUCGUUCUUCCUCCUGGGUUGGGUUGGGUUGUGCCAUUUUCUCAUCUCAUCCUUCUACUUACUCUCUUUAUCACGGCCUUUUCCCUUUCUACUCCUUCACUUUCUUCUUCAACAUUUGGGCUCGGUGGCUUUCUGGAGUUCUUGCAUCUCCCUUAUCCCCUCCGUUCGGUUUCCAGCUGGCUUGUCCAUCCACUUUAAACUAACUUUUGGCUCCCGUUACGUACAACCAGGAGCGGCUCUGGGCAACUGGCUCAUCGCUACACAUACAUACAGCAUUUGCUUGCUGCGUUUCCUCGAGCGCAUCAUCUGUACUUACCGCAUUCCGAGCCUAUUGUUGACCCAAUUUCGGCCUCGAAAAGCAACGGUCUUCGCUUGGUCCUGAGUCGCCCACAGCUGAGCUUACCGUUAUCGCUGUCUUCGUACUCGCCUGAUAAAAAAAGCCCUGGCACUGGUCCUGUCGUUCAUGACCUAACUGAAACCCCAGCAACCCGACCUGAUUUUGUCUUGUCGAUCGCCCAUCUCUUCAGAUCAAAACCACAGCAAGUCAAGCAGACUACACUGGCAACUGGCCCGAUAGCUUUUGCCUGCGACCCUCAAUUCCCUUCUGUUCCGCCCGUUUGCGGCCCAAACACUACGAUUGACAUGUCAUGGAGAACUCAUCGACCCCUCUCGCCGACUAUUUUUGGAUCGCCGGCGUAGAGUCGGUGUCCUACCACGAUCCCAACUCCCAGCCGGCCCCCGUUGUUGUUCCCGUCGAGUCUACCAUUGUCGAGGAUGGCGAGUCUGAGGAUGAAGACACAAACGGCGACCAACCAAGAGCAAAAGCACGGCACUCACGCCAGGGCUCCGCCAAUCGUCUCUCUCGGAUAUCUCUCACCGACCGUUUCUCCAUACAUACUCUCGACGAGACAGACGGCAAUACCAAAAGUAACCGCAGCAGCGCCACUAUUCGUGCUAUAAACCCCCCUAAUUUUGGCAAUACCAACGGUAAUGGCAAUGGCAACAGUAGUACCAAUGGCCAAAAUGCCGGUCCCAGCGGCAUCCUCGGUGAAGGCUCUAUGCUGAUGGGCGACUUCGACUUUGAUAAGGCUCUGGUCAAAUUUGCCGCUGAGAGAGAGGUAUUUCUCGAGGACUUGACGUUUAGUGCGGGCGCAAAAGUGCAAGCUCGUGCACCAAUGGUGAAUCCUAGGGCGGAGAGGAUCAAGGCAGAGGAAAGCGACAGCGGCAGACUGAGUCCUCUCAGAAGCAUUAAGGGUAGCAUCCGCCGCAAGAUGAGCUUUAGGGAUAUGAACAGUGUGCGCAAACAACCCAGCAACAGGAUCAGCACCAGUCGCGCAGCCUCAAUCCGAACCACGAGACGACUCAGCAAUUACAACUCCGUAAUUCCACCCCCCGAACCUCUUAACACCGACCCCGAUAUGCAUCCUCUCAAACGACGCUUUGAGCCGGUUCUUCUUGACCGAUAUCCUCCCCAGGAGGCUACAGACGAGAUUGCUCGACGUGGGAAGUUUCCUGACUAUGUGCCCAUGUUUGCUUUUCCCAACGAUAUUCAGAUUGUUUCGUCCGAUGACCGACCUCGAUCUACAUGGCAUGGGUUUACUAUGACUUCGGACGAUAAUUCCAAGCUAUACGGUAUAACUAUUAUCAUCUGGACUGCUCUUAAUGCUGAGGUGGCAGAGGAAGUGGAAAAGAAGUGCGAGCAGUGGCGUCAAAGUCACAUGUCUGAAGAAGAGCGAGAGCUGGCAGCGAGUUUGGGAGUUCGCUUGGCUGGCGAACGCACCCAUCUAUCACAGCUCCUUGCAAAACUCCCUACAAUCCCGUCAGGCUCUCCAGCACGUGAGAGGCUCGAAGAUGAAAUUAGCACUGUGGAAGAAAAGAUUACCCUCAUGACAGACAUGCUUAGGCCUCUGAGACACGGAGCCGCGUCUAAGAUCGAGGGUCUCACUGCUGGCGAAAGCGGACUCUGGACGCCACGCGCAUAUGGUAUUUUGGGCCGAGACGCAGCCAAUAUGUCCUUCUGGAAAGAAUGGCUCAAGGCUAUCGUUACCCCCAUGACAGAUGGGGGUGUCCUGAGAAUUCCCCCAAGCUCACCCAGCGUGGGACGCUGGCAACCCCUCGAGCGAUAUGUCGUAAACCUAUGCACCGAGGCAUUCAACCCCCUGGGAUCCAAGACUCAGGUCGAACUAGGAGUGCGCGAAUUGCGCCUUUAUGCUCGGAAGGAGGCAGACAACGAAAUUCCUGGUUCAAGAUCAAUCGAUCUCUACGCCCUCUUCCGUUGCUUGUCACUCGAGAACAUUGUCGCUCUGUUCGAGUAUGCUAUGGCCGAAUCCCGAAUCAUAUUCCUGUCCUCUCACACCAGUAUGUUGCACCUCGCCUGUCAUGCACUAGCAAAUCUGCUAUACCCUCUGAAAUGGUCGAGUAUUUUCAUUCCCGUCCUCCCUGCGCGACUUCUGUCGGCUCUCGAAGCACCUUGCCCCUAUAUCGUUGGCAUUGAGCGACGUUACGAUAGAAUUGAACUGCCUGAGGACGAUUAUGUCCUUGUUGACUUGGACAAGGAUACUAUUGAUGCUACAUCACAACCUGUGCGACUUCCGCGCCAGGCCCGAAGGAAACUCAUGUCUCUUCUGCAGGUCGCGGCGCCUCACAAACUGCGAUAUGGAGUCACAACUGGACCGCCUCCUUAUGCCAUGGAAUCUUUCCCCUAUGAUGCCUUCUCCACUGAGAAUGCCGCCCUUUUCAGAUCCGCAACGCCCAAGAGUACUCUAGGCAAAUGGGUCACCCAGAGCUCGUCGGGAUUUAGCGAGCCAGACCCGCCAAAUGAGGUCCUGCCACCACUGUUCAAUGCUUUCGCUUCGGCCAAGGUGGACAAUGGUAAAUCGGACAGACCCAGCACAAGCAAGUCUGGUAAGACCAGCCCUCAGUCGUCUGUAUCCCCUGUUUCAAUAAACUUCCCGCCAAUGCCCUCCACCCCCGUUUCUCGAAGUGACUCUGGCUUUGCUUUGGCGGCGACUCUUCGAGAGAAGCGCUCUGGACAUUUUGGCGAAGAAAAGAUGCGGCGCAGCUCCUCCUUUGGCAUCGAUAAGCACCCGCCAUACCACAAGCCAAACCUCCCCUUCCUCAACGGCCAUCAAGCAAACCUGUCAAUUUCAGCUAUCUCGGUGGACUCUCAGAACUCCGUUGUUGGCGGCGGCGGCGGUGGUGGUUACGGGAAUGGAUAUGCACCUUCAACCUACGCACAGUCAACGCUUGCGGCAUCAACCAUCAUGCCCAGUAUGCAGAUUCAGCCUGUCCGGAACACAGAGACGACAGUUUGGGUCGAAGGCCAUUGCUUCAACUGGAUCCCCAAGGACAACACAUCAAUCUGCAAUAUUUGCAAUGACCAUGCCGAGGGAGAUGGCAUUUACAAGUGCACAGGUUGCAAGAUCUUCUCCCACGGCAGAUGUCUGGGUCAUGCUUCGCUUGUCUGCCCCGAGGCGUUCCAUCCUGACCGGAUCCGAGCAGCUUUUGUUCGCUGUCUUGCAAGUCUUUUGUAUACAUACCGCAAGUACCUUGGACGACCUUCAAAACAGCAAAAAGCAAACGGUCAGCUGUAUGCCUUUGAUAUGGAUGGUUUCAUCAAAAGUCUCCCGCAUGAUCAGCACGACUAUGCUACUAUGAUGCGGGAAACACAGUGCUUCAAUGAGUUUAUCCACGACCGAGAGAUGCAGCCAGCCAAUAACGCCUCGAUCCGUAUAUUUGACGAGAUCAUCAUGGCUAAGAAGGCCCGAGGCCGUUCCGGGUUAUCGACCGGUCUCUCCCGCCUUUCCACCAUCCGUGCAUCUCAUGGCGCCUCUACUUACGGGGGCUAUGCCCCUCCUCGAGGCGGCCCCAACAGCAAGAUACCUGCUUGGCUUGGUGACACGUCCGAUCAUAUCUGGCGGACUGCAUCAGUGCCGUUGCCCAAGGGAAACUUUCCAGGGGAGUAUCGAACAGUCGUGACGAGGACGCCUGCACGACUCGAUAGAUCAUUGAUGCGUGAGCCUCGUUCUAUCCAAGGCAUGCCUCGCGUCGAAGGGCGAGGUGCUCGCGGGCUCAUUCGAAAGCAAGUUCCUAGCAUGCUUGGCACAACCCCUCCUACGUGAGGAUGAAAUAUUCAAGGACCAAUUACUUACAUGAGGGGCUUCCCAUGGCUGCAAUUGUGCGAUGACUACAAAACACAAAUCAUCCUCGCCUAUGGCAAGCAAGAAGAUGUUCAAUUACAUGACAGAAAAGCAAAAUGAGGAGGGCCUAUUGUGUACGAUACCACGUUUUGUAAUAAUCUAGGUGAUGGCGGGGAAGAGAAAAGAUAUAUGACUCGAGUGCCAAGAAGUUCUAGACGAAUAGAGCAUGAAGAAGUCAAGGCCUUCAAGGGUAGAACCGUCAGAUGCUACUGCAUAAGCAGGCACAGCUCCAAAUGAGAAGAAGAUGGAGUGAAAGGAGGGAAGAGAGAGCAUUGCAUCUCGUCUAUAAUAGACACAUAUUGGAUCCCUGAUUUGCUCAAUAUGGCUGGAUGCUUAGGUUCACUACUUCUCAACUAGAGCAUAUAGAAGUACAUAUGCAUGCAGGAUGCGGCAUGGUAGUUGUUAGCAUACACAUCGGCAUAAGGGGCGGAACAGGAGUGCUGCACUAUGUCAAGGCUUUGGAAUUGAGGGAGUUAGAGGCUACAAGAUUCAUACAAAGAAAGAGAUCGUCAAUCACCACCCUAUUCCUAUGGGAAUGUGAAUCUAAAAUGCAUUUUGGUGCUAAUCUUGCAUGUAAUCCUCGCUUCUGCAAUCUUGUUGGUGUUCCACUAGCAAAUAUACUCCCAUCCUGUACAGUCCCA